CUGUGGAGGCUGCCGGGGAGCAGUGGUCACCCAACACCUUGGAGUCGGGCCGGGUCUGCGUGGAGCCCCAGGGAUGUUCCCCAGUCCAUCCUUCCUAAGAACCAAUGAAUAAAAUUAGGGGCCUCCCUCCUGAGGUCAGGGAACCAGGCCCUGGAGUAGAACUUGGAGUGGAAGAUGGCCUUCUUUGUCAACUGAUUCAUUCUCCAGAAUUCAACUUGUUCUCCAAAUCUGUGGUGUUUGAAAGCAACUUUAUCCAGGUCACUAAGCCGGGGGACUGGAUGAAUGUCUGUGAAGGGUCGACCACCAUGAUCCUUGGGGUAACCUCCUCUGUGCCCUCUUUGCCACUCCCCAACAUCCUCCUGAUGGCCAAUGUCACCUGGCCCCAGGGUCAGUUUUCCACCGGGAACACACCGGACAGUGCUCCAGUCAUCACCCUCAGCAGGAUUCUCCCCCUGAAGUUUGUGGAGCUACAAAUCUGUGACCGGCUCCAGCGCAUCCUGCGGAUUAGGACAGUGACUGAAAAGAUCUACUACCUGAGGCUCCACGAAAAGCACCCAGAGACUGUGUUUCAAUUUUGGAUCCGCUUGGUAAAAAUUCUGCAGAAAGGUCUGUCUAUCACCACCAAAGACCCGAGAAUCCAGUUCACUCACUGCCUGGUACCCAAGAUGUCCAGCAGCUCCACUGAAACAACACCUGAAAGCAGCCUCCUGUUAUCCUCCCAGCCCAGUGAAAGCUUCAUGCUGUUGGAAACCAAGCAGACCAGUGAUAGUUUCUCACAUUUCUCAGGAAGGUCCCAGCUCACAGCAGACAGGUGA